CAAUCAAUUGCCGGAAUGCCAUGCCGACAAAAAUGCUCCUUUAGGGCUUCAAUGGUUUCCUGGUUUGCGAGGUCUUUUAGUUUGGUUAGCUCAAUGUAUUGCUUGGAGUGAUAAUCAACUAGUACCAGGUGAUGUUCACCUUCAAAGGUGAGUAUGUCUGAUGCAGCCAUUGCAUUGCAUGCGGAGACUAGACUGCGGUGACUAGGCUAUAGAAGAGACUAGACAUCGCUGCAUUGAAAUUACUUUAAGGUGAGAAGACUGGGUUUUUAACUUUUCCCUCGAUUAGCAUGACACAAAGGGAAAGUGCGAGCAGUUACUUCUUCAGUUUUUGCCAGUAAAUAUAGUUAUUGUGUUGCUGCUAUUUGGCUAGUGCUGCUUCAUAGAACUGUUUUCUAUCGAUUCGAGGUAAUUUACUUUUAAAUUUCACCGCGCGGUUUUAAGCUUCCUUAUAAGCUUCGUGGUCUGUUCAGGUUUCUGUAUGCCGCCUUCUGAAGAAAAGCAAAACAUCUAUUACCCCUAUUACCCUAAACCCUAAAACCCUAACCCUAACUCUAACCCUAAAACCCUAAACCCUAACCCCUGUCUGAUAAUGCCAAAUGACGUCAAUUCAAGUCAUUUCGUUCAAGGAGCAGUUGCUGCUAAAAUUACUCCCUUCAGAAAAUAUUAGUGCAAUAUUUUUGUCUUUUGUGACAUGAAUAACGUUUGCUUGGCUUGAAAUUGGAAUUGUAAAGUUAGCGUUUGAUCUAAAAUCGCUGUUAGUUUUGAACUUAAGAGUUUGCUUUUAGUAUUUAAUUUGUGACGUCAAUGUACAAAAUCACUGUCCAUCCUAGCCCUAAGAAACCAAACUAACCAUUUGUCGAGUCUUGAAUAAAUCUUUCGGGGUGAAAAGGACAAUCUCUAUCGCAGCAUGGAUAUUGUCGAUCUCGGCCGAGGAAGAAAACGAAUUCUUGUAAACAAUCUUAGCCUUGUCACGGUUGUCCUAAUGCAUUAAUCUAUGAUUAGAUUGAUGAGUUCGUGACGGACUACACGUCACUCAACUUGUGGCCAGUCUAUCUUAGCGCUGAAGAACCAGCUAAUUGCUCGCCCAAUCUUAUUAACUUGUGGAACUAUUGCAGAGUAAAAAGGAUAUGUUGACGACAAUACAAAAGGAUUGCAGAUCUUGGUCAAACGAGGAGUCAAGUUCUAACUGCGUCGACCAUGCAGUUCACGUGAAUAAUUUUGGUCACCGUUAUAAAGAUACCUUGUGGUUCUAAUGCGUUAAUUAAUGAUAUAUUUAUGAAUUCGUAACUUAAACAUUAAUAACUUGUGGCAAGUUUUGCUUAGCCCUUAAGAACCAGAUGACACUUCGUCGAGUUGAAGGACUUCUUUAUCUGUCGGAGCUGUCCCAAAGAACUGUUACUAUACUCGACGAUUUUGAUCAAGUUGUAUUUUUGUUCCGAACAAGCCUAAGGAUCAAUUACAACGAGCAAAGCGUUUACACUUAAGAAGACUGAAAAAGUGAGGACAUAACACCAGCUACGUAGAGCAGAACAGAACUGAUGGAGUUAACCCUAAAGAUGCUGCUACUAAAUCUGUUCAUGGUUCUUUUUGCCGCUCUCUCAUCUUCGUUAGGACGAAAAGCGAAACAUUUGCCACUCCGAUCAAGAAAAACAUGGUCUAGACCCUCGCACUCAAUAAUUAAUGAGAAAGAAUGCGGUCGUGUUGUGUACAACCUUCCUCGCUUUCCUUCUAAUAACAUCUUUCCUGGAGUUCGUUCAUUAUGUGUGCGUCUGAAAGAAGCCGAGUUAUUAAGCAAGCUCAAAAACAUUGGCGGUUUCAAUCCGCGUUAUAUGGCAACAAAGAGGAAAGACGCGUUCAAAUUUUCCGACCUUUCUGGAGACGAGCAAUCUUUAUCUCGCAAAUCCUCCAUCUUCCCGCCAGCCAAACAUGAUCAGCCUCCUAAGAGCCAGACGAAUGUCGAGUUGAGUGCAAAUAGCUCAUACCACUUGAUGGAUCAGAUCAAACACGUUAAAACCAGUAGCCAAUGGAGCGAAAAGAGGAUGGUGUCUUUAAGCCCAGGUUCAGUUGAACGUGGAUGCUGGAGACGAGGUUCUGUGGUGGAGGACACCUCUCUGGUGCGCUUGUGCACUGAAUGCGCUACGACUACUAAGCUUCCAACAUCAGUUUUCCCGCCAUUUAUCAACGAGGUUAUAUGCGGUGACGUUGACCAUCACUGCUAUGGUCCCAUAGGGCAAUGCGCACAACGUGUUUUAAGGUUCACGUUUCUUCGUCGCACUGGAGAGUUUGUACGAGAUGAUGCACUUAGCCAACUUCUUGGAAUUGAUGUCAACGUCGAGGAAUGGGAAGAUUUUGAGCAAGAUAUCAGGUCGUGUUGUGAAUGUCGGCUUUUUUCAUUUCUUGCCCGCCAGGAAUCGUAACAAGAGGUGCCGGGACUAUUGCAUCGAGCGAGAAAACCUUAUUUAAACCAAAUACCUUACUUCUGUUGCUUUUUUCACGAGAUUAUCGGGACAGAAAAUCUUCAUUAAGCUUUGAACACUGCGCUCACCGUUUCCAAAACCUAUAACUCGAAGAAAGAUUACAAUUGAAAUAGUUUCAAUAAUUGCAGAAGUGUAAUAUUUUUUUCGCAAAUGUGUAUUAAGUGUCAAGAGUAAAUAAAGCAUUGUUUCUGUAGUUCGGCAUUUUACGAUGAAACGAGAGAUAGUCUUCUUAGCUUCUUCCUCAUGUGAACGCAAUAAUGACCAUAUUUCUAACAGCUUAAUGCCGUUACAACAGCUCUUGAGCCAUAGUAUCUCUUACUGUUAAUUAAUUAAACUGUUUUUUCACAUUCUGAUGUUCAUGUUGAAAAAACGUAACUGAAAAAUAAAAUAAAUAAUAAUAACUUUAUUUAAGUGUCAGGGUAGGUAUUUAGCUUACAGAAGCUAAUUGGGGACACUACUACGUUACAAUGUAUUGA